GCCUGCACGCCAACGAUAAACUGGAGUAAGUCUAAACCACACCCAAGCCUCUACUAUGACAGGCCCUCAGGGAGAGGGAACUACGUCUGUCAAGAAGUAUUUAAGGAAGAACUUAUGACGUCAUUUCAGUUCUCUGUUUGCCCUGCGAGGUGUUACAGUGAACCCGUAUAUACGAAGAUUGCAUUUACCAUUUAUUCUGCUUGACUAAUUCUAUUAAUAAACAGCUGAAAAUAUAUUCAGUAGCCUAGUGUUAAAUUUUGUUCUGAUACCAGAAUUGAAUUGACGCAGCCCUUACAGAAAUCGACAAAAAAAAGUGUGUGCAAUUUGUGUCUAUGCCAUCGGGCUAGCUACAACCAGUAAUGGUUAAAGAGCUAUUGAAAUUUGAAAAAUGUGAUUUGUCACUUUGUUGACACCCCUAACUGCUGUUUGUGGACGUAAGGAAAACUACAGGCGAAUACCUAACCUGAAACUGUCUUUACCUCGGUCUGCAAGUACCAGCUUUUCUCUCAUGGAUCUAGUCUGUAUGUCAAGUUAGUCCUUGUCUGUCCAUUCCAGCCCAGCUGAGAUUGUAUCUAUGGAUUCGAAAGAACAUUUUUUUUUUAAGGAGGCCAGCCCUGCAAAGAGGCCAGAUCUCUCCAUAACUACACAAGGAACUUCUUUCCAGUCCACCAACACUGCUCAGGAUGGCAGCAAUGUCAUAUCACCCACAAUCUCUGGCAGCCAAAUAAGAGACAUUAAUUAUUACAUCAGUGUGGGCUCGAAGGGUGGUGAUGAAGAGACUUCUCCUCAUUCUGAAGAUAUACAUGUUGAAGACCACCAUCAAAAACUAAAAGACUAUCUGAAGAUUAACAGUAAGAUCAGUACUAUUCAGGAGGGUUUAGCUCAGCAUGGAAACUCCAAACUGCUUAAUGACAUCUACACAGCGGUUUAUAUAACAGAGGGGGAAAGUGGAGAGGUCAAUAAUGAGCACGAGGUAAGACCGUUUGAAAAAACAGCUUUACAAGAAACUCCAAUCCUAUCCAACGACAUCUUCAGAUCCAUAGUUGGGAAAGACAAACCUAUCAGAACUGUGCUGACAAAAGGAAUCGCUGGCAUCGGAAAGUCGGUCUCUUUGCAAAAGUUUGUUUUGGACUGGGUUGAAGGAAAAGCAAAUCAGGACAUAAAAUUCAUCUUUCCACUUCCUUUUCGGGAUCUAAAUUUGAUGAGGGAGAAUAAAAGUUUGAUGGACAUUCUUCAUCCUUUUCUUCAGACAAAAGAAGCAGGAAUCCUCAACAACAAUGAACACAAAGUGUUAUUUAUCUUCGAUGGUCUAGAUGAGUGUCGACUUCCUCUAGACUUCCAGAACAACAAGAUCUUGAGUGACAUCACAGAGUCAACUUCAUUGCAUGUGCUGCUGACAAACCUUAUCAAGGGGAAUCUGCUCCCAUCUGCUCGCAUCUGGAUAACCUCCCAAUCAGCCGCAGCCAAUCGCAUCCCCCCUGAGUUUGUUGACAGAGUGACAGAGGUACGAGGGUUCAAUGACCCACAGAAGGAAGAGUUUUUCAGAAGGAGAUUCAGUGAUCAGAAACUGGCCAACAGAAUCAUCAAACACAUUAAGUCAGUACGGAGCCUCCACAUCAUGUGUCACAUACCUUUGUUCUGCUGGAUUUUAGCCACUGUCCUGGAGAGAAUGAACAAAACAGAGCGUGGAGAGAUCCCCCAAACCCUGACCCAAAUGUACACGCACUUCCUGAACAUCCAGAGAAUGCUAAGGAAACGAAAGUACCCUGGAGAAAAUGAGCGAGAUCCACUCUGGUAUAAAGCGAGCAUCAUGUCACUGGGAAAACUGGCCUAUCAGCAACUGGAAAAAGGGUAUCGGACCUUCUUUGAAGAGGAUCUGACAGAGUGUGGCAUUGAUGUCAGAGAGGGGUCCAUCUUUUCAAGGGUUUGUUCAGAGAUGUUAAAUACAGAGUUUGGAUUGUACGAGAGCAAGACGUACCAAUUUGUGCAUCUGAGCAUCCAGGAGUUUCUUGCUGCUGUGUAUGUUUUCAUCUCAUUCAAAACCAGCAAUGAAAAUCCAAUGCUAGAAGAACACUGCUCCAAAGGCAAAGACAUCUACUUAAGUGCAGUAGAUAAGGCCCUUCAAAGAGAGAAUGGGCAGCUAGACCUUUUCCUCCGCUUCCUUCUCGGCCUCUCGCUGAAGAGCAAUCAAGAUAUCUUACAAGGUCUACUGAUAGAAAAAACAGGCAGCUCACAGACCAAUGAGGAAACAGCCAUGUAUAUCAAGAUGAAGAUCAAGGAGAAGCCCUCUCCAGAGUGUUGCAUCAAUCUGUUCCACUGUCUGAAUGAGCUGAAUGACCAUUCCUUACAGGAGGAAAUCCAAAGCUACAUAAGGUCUGGAAGUUCCUUGUUUGCCAGACUCUCAUCUGCACAGUGGUCCACUCUGGUCUUUGUGUUGCUGACUUCCACGGACGAGCUGGAGGUGUUUGACCUGAAGAAAUACAUCAGAUCGGAUGAGUGUCUUCUGAGGCUGCUGCCAGUGGUCAAAGCUUCUAGAACCGCUCUACUCAAUGGAUGUAAACUUACCUGGAGAUGCUGUGAAGCACUGGCCUCAGCUCUCAGCUCAAAGUCCUCUAGUCUGAGACAGCUGGACCUAGGAAACAAUGACCUGCAGGACUCAGGAGUGAAAAAACUCUGUGCUGGACUGGGGAAUCCACUCAAUAAACUAGACACACUGAAGCUGUCUCAGUGUAAUAUCACAGAGGAAGGCUGUGCUUCUCUGGCUUCAGCACUGAGAUUAAACCCAUCACACCCAAGAGAACUGGACCUGAGUGGAAAUAACCUAGGAGACUCAGGUGUAAAAAUGCUCUCUACUGUAUUGAAAGAUCCACAAUGUAAACUGCAGAAACUGAGGAUGUCAGGCUGUGGAGUCUCAGAAGAAGGCUGUUCAUCUCUGGCUUCAGCCCUGACGUCGAACCCCUCACACCUGAGAGAGCUGGAUCUAAGCAGGAAUGGCCCUGGAGGCUCAGGAGUGGAGAAGCUCGCUGCAGUACUGGUGGAUACACACUGUAAACUUGAGACGCUGAGGCUGUCAAACUGUAGUAUCACAGAAGAAGGCUGUGCUUCUCUGGCUUCAGCUGUGACGUCAAACCCCUCUCACCUGAGAGAGCUGGACCUGAGCGGGAACAACUUAGGAGACUCAGAAUUAGAACGGCUGACAGUUGUUUUGAAGAAUCCACAGUGCAAACUUGAGAAACUGUUGCUUAAAAAAUGCACAUUCACAGUGGAAGGCUGUGCUGCUCUGGCUCUGGCUUUAGCCCUGAGGCCAAGCCCAUCACCCCUGAGAGAGCUGGACCUAAGUGAGAACCAACCUGGUAACUUAGGAGUAAAACUACUCUCUUCUGUACUGGAGGAUAAACGCUGUACAAUGGAAACACUGAGGUUGAAUGAUUGCAACCUCACUGAGAAAUGCUGUGAAGCGCUGGCUUCAGCUCUCAGCUCCCGCACUUCAAGUUUGAGGGAGCUAGACCUGGGGAAAAACAAACUCCACGAUGUGGGGGUGAAGCUGUUCUCUGUUGGACUGGGGAAUACCUACUGUAAUCUGGCAACACUGAGGCUGUCAGAUUGUGGCGUCACAGCGAACGGGAUUUCCUUCUUGUCUACAGCACUCAAGACAAAUCCCUCAUUCCUGAGAGAGCUGGACAUGAGUGGGAAUAGUCUAGGAGAUUUAGGAGUAAACCUGCUCUCUGCUGUACUGGAGAAUCUACAUUGUAAUCUGGAGACAUUGCACUUGAAGGACUGCAAUCUCACUGAGAGAUGUUGUGGUGCCCUGGCCUCAGCUCUCAGCUCAAAGUGCUGUAGUCUGAGAGAGCUGGACCUGAGUGGCAACGAGCUGAAGAAUUCAGGGAUGGAACUGCUCUGUGUUGGAUUGGGGAGUCCUCACUGUAAAGUGAAGACACUCAGACUGUCACGCUGUAGAGUCACAGAUGGGGGAUGUUCAUCUCUGGCUUCAGCUCUGUUGUCCAACCCGUCACACCUGAGAGAAAUUAAUCUAGACAACAAUAACCCUGGGUACUCUGGAUUGAGACUGCUCUCUGCCGUAAUGGAGGACCCGACCUUUGAGCUGGAGACACUGAGUGCAUGGCCUUAUCCUGUGGGGAGAGAGAAAUGAUCGAAGGACAUAAUGAAUGACUGCUUGUAUCCAAAAACACAAUGUACAGAGCAGAUAUAUAUUUGUACUGAUAAAUAUUUAUAGAUGUUUGUACAUAUCUGUAGAUGUUUUAGGACAUAAUGAAUGACUGCUUGUAUCCAAAAACACAAUGUACAGAGCAGAUAUAUAUUUGUAGAUGUUUGUACAUAUCUGUAGAUGUUUUAUGACAUAAUGAAUGACUGCUUGUAUCCAAAAACACAAUGUACAGAGCAGAUAUAUAUUUGUACUGAUAUAUAUUUGUAGAUGUUUGUACAUAUCUGUAGAUGUUUUAUGACGUAAUGAAUGACUGCCUGUAUCCAAAGACACAGUGUACUGAGCGGCUGCAUUUUUACGUCGGUAGAUAUUUUAUUAUGAGGGGGAUUUUUCUACAGCUGUUAAUUUUUCAAUGUAUGCUAUGAGUCUAGAGGCUGGGACGGGGAUUCAGGCACACCACUAUAGUACGUUGUUAUUAUUUGUUUUCCAGUUAUGCAUGUUCAAUCAAUAUUUCAAUGAAGAAGCAUUAACAGAUUAUAAUUUGCCUUUGUCA